UAAACGUACCAAAAUUGAAUUUUUAUUUUUCUUCAUUUUUCCACCACCCAGUUCUACUUCUUACACAGUAUGGUUUAAAUUAUCUGUGGUGUAAUAGAUUAAUAUUUAAAAAAGGUAGGUCCCUCGUAAAUAUUUUACAAGUAAAAAAAUGACACUAUUUUUACUAAAUUGAACUUAAAUACUGGUUACCAUAAAAUUAAAUAUUUAAUACAAAUUUCUUAGAAGUUCGAAUAAAAAAAUACCAAACCGUAUACUUAAUAAAUAUUUAUACUGCUAUAGGGUUCAAAAUAAUAUGUAUGAUAAUAUUUGACAUAUUUACAUAGUUUCCGUAUAUUGCUAGCUAUCAGAAAAUUGAUAAAGACAAUAAGGUAUUCGAUACAAUAUUCUUCUGUUACCAACUGUUUUCCUUCAAAAUAAAAUACCAUAAUUUUGUAUUAUGCUUAGAUCAUAUACAAUAUGAUGAUAGUAUGUGAUCUAAGGUAUUAGUAUGGUAUUAAUAUAUUUUGCGCUGAUUUUUUAAAGUACCUAACCUACCAUGAUUGUAAACACUAGCCUGUACUCUGUAGGUAUCUACAAAAGUGACCUGUAUUCUGUAGUUAAAAUAGUUAUUUAAUAUUUAAUUUAGGUGCCUAUAAUAUAAGUAGGUAGUAAAUUAAGUAUCUAUUGAUCUUUUUUCUGGAAAAUUGGUAAAAUGUUAAAAAUAAAUACUUUUAUAGAACGGAUAUAGAAAUUUAAUGACGAACUAAAUACUAAAAUUAAAGAUCUUCGAAAAUAUUAAAAUAUUAUUUUUACCAUUUUUGUUCAUAUAAUAUUCAUUAUUACCUACGAGUAAUAAAUACUAUGGUGACAGUGUUCCCACUCUAUACCACGACCAUAGUGCUGUUGUUUACGAUGUUUUCAUUGGUUACCACCUCCAGAGCCAUGGUAUAUAAAAAAGUUCAAGGUUAAGCACAGAUUAUACGGUGUACUGCUGAUUACUUUUGACUUGUAGUCCUAUCCACACACUGACACCCACCGAUGACCGUCGUUUACUCCUCACAAUCCUAGUCAUAUUUCACCAUUAAUAAAAUAUUAUUUAUUAAUAAAACAAAGCAAACAUCAAAGGGUAAAGUACACGUACAUAUUCAUCUAUUCAUAAUAAAUUUAUGCUGUUUAAUAAUUUAUAAACGAUAUUUGGUAUAAAUAUCGCGUUAUUGUUAUUACAAUCAUGUUUAACAUUAUUGGGGCCUUACAGAAACAACUGACCGGUAUCCCGUUAGUGACUACGACUGUUGCUAAACGUUUAUUCAGCGUCAGUCUCAGUUCGAAAAUGCCAGUUCAAGUAAGCUAAUAAGAAUAACCUAUUUUAUUGAAAUGAUAACAAUAAUUAUUAACAGGUUGGAGAUACUAUUCCAAACAUCGACUUGUUUGAAAAUACACCUGCCAAUAAAGUCAAUAUAUCUGAAUUGUGCAAUGGAAAAACAGUUAUACUUUUUGCUGUUCCCGGUGCCUUCACUCCAGGUUGCUCUAAAGUAAAUUUUUGAUUUCCUUAAGUACCCAUAUAUUGUUUAUUAGUGUUAUUUGUUAAUUUAAUAAUGUUAAAUGCAUUAUUUAGACACAUUUGCCAGGCUAUGUGAACUCUGCUGACGACUUGAAAUCUAAAGGUGUCGAUGAGAUAGUCUGUGUUUCUGUAAAUGAUGCUUUUGUAAUGGCAGCUUGGGCUCAAGAUCAAAAAGCCGAAGGAAAAGUAAUGAAUUUAUGAAUUUAUAUAUUUUAUUAAAUUAUUAAUUUGUGAUUAUUCUAAACAUAUUUAGUUGCCAUUUCUAUGGUAUCAUAACAAAUUAAAUUAGUGACUGUAUUACAUAAUAAUGAUAAUCAAACUGAGUUAGUCAAAAGUUCUAUCUAGUUAAAAUUAGAAUUUGACUCCUCAAUAUAAAUAUAUAUAUAUAAUUUUUGUAAAAAACUUUAUAAUCAAACAAAUUAUUUAAAUUAAGUUAGGUAACUAUAGUUAACUAAUCCAAUUAAUCUAUCAACCUUCUAUAUAUGUAUAAAAACGAAUGUAUGGUUGUUUGUCUUUUAUGCAUUACUUCAUUAUUCAUCAGUUUACCAUGAAACUUUGGAAAGUUUUUUUCAUAGAACGUCUAAAAUCCUACAAUAACCUAACUAUCGCUCAAAAAAGCCGAUUUUUAGGUACUUUCGAUACAAUGAUAAAAUAAUUAUUUUUAUUUAUGGGUUUUCUUGGUAAUAUAGAUGAUAAAACGAAUAUUAAUUAAUUGGUUCAUUAUUGACAAAUCCUUAUAUAUUCUAUGAAAAGAAAAAUGUAAAAAAUUAGCUUGGGCAACAUGAGGUGGGAUAGCUUGUUUAUCAUAACAAAAUAAAUAGAUAUGUUCGUAUGUCAGCAACUUUGUAAUACCUACGCACAAAAUGGCAUGCUACGUACUCCUAUUAUUAAUUUUAAUUACAUCAGUAAACAUUAUAAUACAUAUAUUAUAAGUCUAUGUAUCAGCACAGAAUUAUGUGGUAUUAGUAUCACAUUAUCCAGUUUUCGUAUAGAGGCAAAAGCCAAAAGUCAUGUUUUCACAGAAUCUGCUAUUAACUGUGAUAUUGCUAUCAUGCUCUUUUUAUUUUGUUAUGUUUUAUAUUAUAAUUAAACUAACUUGUUAAGUUAAAAAUGAUCAUUCAUUAUAUGACUUAACUUUUUAACUAGUUAGUGCCCGGUUUAAUUCAUUUCAAUUUGAAUGAAUUAUUUUACCAUUUUAAAAGCUAUUCAUUUUUAUUCAUUUAUUAUUUAUAUUAAUAUAAUUUAUAAUAAACAAAAAUUCUUAUCAAAUAAAUAUAUUACUAAUUAUUAUGAAUUUUCUUUAAAUAAAUUAGAAUUUCCCAAUAUUACAUUUAAAUUGCACUGCUUAAAAGAAACUAUUAUGAUUUUGAUGAUUUUUUUUUUUUUUUGUUCUGUAAUAUUUAAGUAUAUUUAUUAAUAUAUUAUUUAAUAUAAGUAUAGUACAUUAAAUCCAACCUAUAUGAUUAAAUUAAAAUGAUCUAAACCUUAACCCAAUUAGUAUUAAGAUAUGUAUUCUAAUUAACCUUUGACCUUAAUAUUGCCCCAAAAACAUCAGACUAAAUGAUAUUAUUAAUAAUUUUAAAAUAAUCAUUACUCAAACAAAAUUAUUAAAAUAAUAAUUCAUAUAAUAAUUUUCAAUAACAAUAAAACUUAUUUGACAAUUAUGUAAUAGGUAAUAUUAUACAUUUUUAUUUUAAUAAUUAGUUCCAUAAAUAAUUAUUGUUACUUGUAUUUUAUAAUAUACUUAUUUUUUGUUUUCUUAAAUAAUAUAAAUGAGCGACUAAAAUUUGUAUGCUUGGUAUACUACAAAAAAACUGUAAACAUAAGACGCAACAUUUAAUUAAUAUGACUUAUGUUUGUAUAUAUUAAUAGUUUAUGUACUAUAACAAAUGUAUAAUAAUUUUAAAAUUAAAAGUAUUACAACAAAUUUGUAUAGGUGCAUUAAUUUGUUUUAUUAAAUUAUUAUUAUUUUUUUUAUCAGUAAAAGUAAUAACUAGGCUUAAGGAUUUCAAGUAUUUGCAUAUUUUUUCCGAAUUAAGUAAAAAGUAGCAGAGUCAAACAGAAAUCAUAUUUGUAUUAUUUAGAAUCUAAUUUUAAAAUUUGAUUGUGCGUAUUUUUUCAUAUUUUAAUGUUUUUUCUCAUUAGAGCAUAUAUUAGCAGAAUACAGCUUUUAUGUCUUAUAACAGACCAUUUGUUAAAUUUGUAAAGCAUAUUUUAUUGCAUAUUUGGUUUUAAAGCAUAAUAUUUAUAUGAUUUAUAGAGUUAGAAGUAAAUCCUUUUGCCUAGUAAUAACAGUGUGUAUUAACUAUAUUAGGUAAAUUUACUAUAUGAAAACCAAAAGGGAAAAUAUCCUUAUGACAACCCAGAAAAUGUUAGUAUGACUGUUUGUAUCAGAAUCUAUGGCUUUUAAGAGUAAAGAACCUGAAAGUGAUGACGAAGGGUGAAAAAUUUAAUAUAGUUUAAUAUAUGUAAUGUAUUAAACUAUAUUAUAUAAUAUAAUAAUAAUAUAUUUAAUAUAUGUAUGUACUAUAUUUAUAGAUUAAUUUAAAAUAAAAUAUAGUAAAUAAAUAUAAAAUUUAUAUAUAAAAAUAAAUAAAUGAAUGAAUGCAUUAUCUGAAGUAUUAUAAUAAGUAUAUUAUAUCUUUGAAUAAAAAAUUCAUCAUCAGGUCAAAAUUUAAAAUGUGACUCAAAAUAAAAACAAUAUACUACAGAUAAAAUAGGUACAAAAACUAUAUAUCUUAAUUACAUGUAAUAUUCAAUUGGAUAUUUUAGGAUUUAAUGUUUAAUAAAAUCCGUAUAAUAAAAUUAAUGUUAUAACUUUAUAAGAUAGGUAUAACAGGUAUCGUAUAAAAUAUUAGUAUCAGGAGUAUCUACUUCAGUUAUUUAUCCAAAAUAGAAAUGUUAUACUCAGAAUCGUUAACUGUUUGCAGUGAUUUAUUGAAUCUUAAAUAUAAACUAAAUGAUCCCUUUAAAUAAUAAUUCCUCAAAAAUCUGUAACCUACACACUGUGCAAAGUAUAUACUAAGUUUUUAUAAAUAUUAGUUUAUGUGUUAUAUUAAUGUAAUUCAUAAUACGUAUUAUAAAUUAUAUUAUAUUGUUUUUAAACAAUUUUUUUUUUUGUUUUCUUUUUUUUAGGUGCGUUUAUUAUCCGAUCCAAACGCAGAACUUACAAAGGCUUUUGAUUUAGCUAUUGACUUGCCACCAUUGGGUGGUAUUCGUUCCAAGAGAUACUCAAUGUUAAUCAAAAAUGGUAAAGUGGAUCAAUUAAAUGUUGAACCAGACAAUACUGGAUUAUCCUGUUCAUUAGCAAACAAAAUAGUUUUGUAAACCAUUCAUUAUUUUCAUUCUCUCAUUUCAAAUCUAUUAAUAUGAAGCAUUUAAAAAAAAAAAAAUAGUUCUAAAUUUGUAACUGUUUGAAUUAUAGAAUAUUUUUUAUUAUGAUUAUUAAAGUAAAUGGAAACUGUACGCAUUGAAUAUUUAAAGUUUUAAUCAAAAUGUAAAAGUUUUCAAAUAAAGCCUUUUUUUAUCUUAAAAUGUCAGUUAAUGUAAUUAAUGUAAUCAAUUAUAAAUAUUUUAAUAAAUAUUGAUAAUAUUAAUCUAUAUCAAAUUAUACUUAAAUAAUAAACAAUAUACAAUAUGUAUUUAAAAUGUAUUGAUACACAAAUAGUAUUAAAUCCUCAAGAAAUUAAAU